AUGAUCGCCAUCGGUCUCGAGAGCUCCGCCAACAAGAUUGGCGUGGGCAUCAUCCUGCAUCCCGACGAUGGCAGCACCCCGCAGGUCCUGGCCAAUGUUCGGCACACGUAUGUCACCCCUCCGGGUGAGGGAUUCCUCCCCAAGGAUACCGCCCGACACCACCGCGCCUGGGUGGUGAAGCUGGUCAAGAAGGCCCUCCGCGAAGCUCGCAUUACCCCCAAGGAUGUGGAUUGCAUCAGCUUUACCAAGGGCCCCGGCAUGGGCGCCCCUCUUCAGAGCGCCGCCAUUGCGGCCCGCAUGUUGAGUCUGCUCUGGGGCAAGGAUUUGGUGGGCGUGAACCACUGCGUUGGACAUAUCGAGAUGGGUCGGUUGAUCACUGGCGCUACUAACCCGGUCGUCCUCUACGUCUCCGGAGGAAACACCCAAGUCAUCGCCUACAGCUCCCAACGGUACCGCAUCUUCGGCGAGACCCUGGAUAUCGCCGUGGGCAACUGCCUGGAUCGUUUUGCGCGCACCCUGUGCAUCUCCAAUGAUCCUGCCCCCGGAUAUAAUAUUGAACAACUAGCCAAGAAGGGCAAGAAACUGGUUGAUCUACCGUACACAGUCAAGGGAAUGGACAUUUCCAUGUCCGGCAUACUAGCGGCUAUUGAUGGGCUGGCCGUGCAGUACGGCUUGGAUGGAGAAUGGAACGAUGCUGAAGAAGAGGCGGCAUCGAACGACCCGGACAACGCCAAACCGACGCGCGCGGAUCUAUGCUUCUCGCUCCAGGAAACGGUUUACUCCAUGCUGGUCGAGAUCACGGAGCGUGCCAUGGCCCAUGUCGGCUCCAAAGAGGUCCUGAUCGUCGGGGGCGUGGGUUGUAAUGAGCGCCUGCAGGAAAUGAUGGGCAUCAUGGCUCGUGACCGCGGGGGUACCAUCCAUGCGACCGACGAGAGGUACUGUAUUGACAACGGCAUCAUGAUCGCGCAGGCCGGUCUACUGGCAUAUAAGUCCGGCAGCACAACGCCAUUGAAGGAUUCCACUUGCACGCAGCGCUUCCGGACGGACGAAGUGUAUGUCAAAUGGAGGGAUUGA